CCGUUACAGUCAUUCUUCGUUUGUGUGUCGAAUAAACUCACACGUACGCGUAAACAAAGUAGUUUAGUGACCAGAAAAAUGCCCAAGCAUAAGAAACGCCGCCGUAGCAGGAGCAAUAGUGGUGAUAGAAGUCGGGAGAAACGUCUGAAAAGGCAAUUAGCUGCGAUGGAGCGGCGAUUGAGUGAAAUUGAGCGAUCUCGUUCACGAGGAUCUUCCCGGCCGCCAUCUUCCAUUCGAUCAGCGUUGACGCUGUCGCCGCCGCGGCAACCACCCGUCCCAGGCACAGACGCAUGCAGCAUUGCCAGCUCUUCCGAACUUUCGGAGAUCUGCGAAAACAUUCCAGUAAACAUCGAAGAACACAGUAAGGAGAAUACGCCGCCUCAAGGGGAACAACUAGAGGAAGAUAUCCUCAACAUCUUGGGGAAAAAUACAAUAAAGCAGCCAGAUGUAGGACCGGCUAUCCACAACGAUCUGGCAGUUCGCUGGGCUCAUAACAUACAGAUGGGUUUGGAAGAGGAAGAGAAGAACAGAUUAUUCGAAAAAUACCUCCCCCCUGAAAAUUGUACUCAGGUAAAAGCUCCAACACUUAACUUGGAGGUCAAAGCUGCAAUCUCCAGCUCUGUGCAGAAGAGAGAUGAGAGACUCUCUGCUUUACAGCGCCAAAUAGGCGCUAGCCUGUCCUGUAUAGGCAGCGCUCUGACCCUCAUCCUCAAAGAAGAGGGAGGGGGCAACAGAACGUACAUCCAAUUGCUGAAUGAUGCCAGCAAACUAUUGACUGACCUGCAUCGCACAGAAAGCAUCGCUCGUCGCGAACUAGUAGCCCUUAACCUGAACUCUGACGUAAAACAGAUCCUAUCGGAAGCCACAGUUGAUGGGCUGCUCUUUGGGACAGACUUAGAAGCCAGACUAAAAUCUUCCAAAGACCUGGAGAAAUCGGGCAGAGAGCUGAAGGCCGUUAAGGCUAAGCCACUACAGAAUGCUGCCAAGCCGUUAAACUACCAGAGUCUGCCUCGGUAUCAGCAGGGGGCACGUCGAGGCGGACAUCAACACCAGCGCCCCAGUUACUCCACGAACCGCUACAAACCACGUCGAGAGCCACCACGUCGACUGAACCAGGGGAGUCAGAACAGCUACAAACUAAAAACCAGGAACCCAAGACAGUAGAUAAGGUUAGCAUAGCUGGAAGAUUAGCUUCUUUUUAUCACGAGUGGCAAAAGUUCACGAAUGACAGAAUGAUCUUGUCAUGGAUUAAAGGGGUAAAAUUACCCCUAUCGCAGAAGCCAGUCCAACGAUGCCUUCCUAAAGAGCCUAAAUGGUCUUUCAAGGAAGAAGCCACCAUUAAAAUAGCGCUUAAAGAAUUGAGCCGCAUAGGGGCAAUCAGCACGGCCAAACCGUCAAAUAGGCAAUACAUCUCAAAUAUAUUUCUCCGAAAAAAGCACGAUGGUUCAGAUAGGGUAAUUUUAAACCUGAAACG